AUGUUGAGGAUAAGAAAUUUUAGCACUGUUAGUAAACGGUUGGGAAAGUUGCCUGCUUUUGAAACAGUUAGGGAUAAGUUCAAAUUCUCGUCGGAGACAUCCACAAUUCAGAGCAUCUUGCAACAGAAGCCUAACAAAGUUGUAUUGAAUGGAUGGAUUGAUGCAAAACCGAAGAAAGUAGGUAAGAACUUGAUCUUUGGUACAUUAAGAGAUCCUAACGGGGAGAAGAUACAACUUGUUGAUUCGCAAUCUUUUUUGAAGGAGAGUCAAGUAGAAGAUGUGGUUCAAAUCAUCGGAGAGUUGUCCGAAAAAAAGCAGACACAGCAGUCAACAGUCAAUAUCGAAUACGAGCUAAAGAUUAUCGAAUUACAGAAGUUGAAUCAAGCCAAUAAAAAGCCAUCUCAACUACAGGACCUUAAGGCAGAUGAUGGAGCGUUCCCUCCGGAGUACAGAUAUUUACAGCUAAGAUUGCCAAAAUACCAGAAUAAUUUAAAGUUACGAUACGAAGCAUCCAAGAACGUAAGAACCGUAUUAGAUUCCCUAAAUUUUACUGAAGUUGAAACUCCGUUAUUGUUCAAAUCAACCCCAGAAGGAGCGCGUGAAUUUUUAGUGCCAACAAGAGGCAAAAUUGACGGCGAGGCAUCAUUCUAUGCUUUGCCACAAAGUCCACAGCAAUACAAACAACUACUCAUUGCCAGUGGUGUUAAUCGUUACUUUCAAGUUGCACGUUGUUUCCGAGACGAGGAUCUUAGAAGCGAUAGGCAACCAGAAUUCACCCAAGUCGAUUUAGAAAUGGCAUUUUCUUCUGGGAAAGAUGUUAGAGAGGUAGUUGAAAAAGUAAUUACAAGUACAUGGAAUAAGCUCCACGCUAGUGGCACUGACCUUCAUACAUUGGAUAGGACAGGUAAGAUCAUCCCAGUCUCAGGUACAGAAAAGAUCAUAAAUUUAACGUACCAGCAGGUUAUGACUCAAUACGGUAUUGACAAACCAGACCUUAGGUAUCCGGACUUGAAACUUAUGGAUCUUUCUGAAUUCAAAGCUUACGGAUACACGAAUAAGGAAUUUCCAGUAUUUGAGGUCAUAGUUUUACGCAAAGCUUUUGAAACCGUUGAGGAAUUUCACAGAGACUGGAGUUAUUUGUCUAACAAGGAUAAUUACAACUAUAGAGCUCCCAUUGUCGUUCCAAUUGAAUCAGAUGAAUUAGGUACCUCAUGGUUCACUAAAUUCUUGCCAAUUGCUGCUUUUGAGAAUCCAAAAUUGAUAACGAAGUUCCUUAAUUUAAGGAAAGGUGACAUUAUUAUCGGCUCCACCAGAGAACCUAGUAGAAGGCUUUUUGAAAAUCCUACUCCACUAGGUAGAGCCCGUCAACUAAUAACGCAGUCGAAAAGAGGAAAAGAACUUUUCCGUAAGACUGAUGCUUCGGUAGCUGCAUGGGUUGUCGAUUUCCCCUUAUUUGCCCCAGUUGAGGAAACCGCGGAAAAAGGCAGUCACUAUCCAGUGUACACUGAAAAUGCAUUUUCUUCUACCCAUCAUCCAUUUACUAUGGUUAACUUGAGAGACUAUAAUAAACUUGAAAGCGAUCCAUUGUCAUGCCAUGGUGAACAUUAUGAUCUUGUCGUUAAUGGUGUUGAGUUAGGUGGUGGUUCUACCAGAAUCCAUGAUCCUGAAUUGCAAAACUACAUUUUCCAUGAAAUAUUGAAUAUCAAAAACCCUGAGGACCUUUUCGGUCAUUUGUUAAAUGCUUUCAAGAUGGGAACACCUCCUCAUGCUGGAUUCGCCAUUGGUUUUGACAGAAUGUGCGCAAUGCUCUGUGGCAGUGAAAGCAUUAGAGAUGUAAUUGCUUUCCCAAAAAGCAUCAGCGGUGUUGACAAAGUUGUUGGCAGCCCAAGCACAGUCCCGGCUUCAACUUUGGAUGAAUACAACAUUGUAUCGAAAUGA